AUGAACUGUCAGGUCAUGAGCGAUAUGCUCUGGCCGCAUCAGGGUGGAUACCCGGAUAUGUCUACACAGGACCGCGAGAAUCUUGUCACAGCUCUAGGAAAGCUUAUUCACGAACAGUACAUCGAUCAUUUUGACCUAGCUAUCCCAAUCCAUUGGGUGAUCGCAACUAUCGUACGACUCCAACUCUCCAAGGCAUGGCUGGCGACUCAUUUCCAAUCUGGAGAUUUGGACGUGAAGCCCUUCCGCCAUGACGAUCGUGUCUUCGAGAUCGCUGUCGAGCUUGUGCAGUUCUCCUACCUCCUGCGAACUAACAAAGGCACCUCGUAA